ACUUUGACCUUUUCUUUCAUUCCAGAUUAAUUUCCUUUCUCUCUCUCUCUUAUUGCUGUGUAAUUGAAGAAGAAAUACAGUAUCAGGUUACUACUCUUCAAAAUCCUCCCAAUGGAAAUAGAACAAGUUUCAGGGGGUGAGUCUGUGCAGCCAAAAGAUGAAAGGCCUGUUGAUGAAGAAGUGGAAGAAAUUCUGAUGAAAGCAUUCCAGGGAGAGUUGGUUGACAGAGUUGACCUUUCAGGCCGGCAGCUCAUCAUCCUGCCCGAACCCUUUGGGAAGCUUCACGCCUUGCUUUCUCUCAAUCUUUCCCACAAUCAAUUACAGGCGAUUCCAGACUCAAUAGCAGGGCUAGUUAAAUUGGAAGAGCUGAAUUUAUCAGCUAACCUUCUUCAAUCCCUACCAGAUUCUAUUGGCUUGUUGAUCAAUCUCAAGAUUUUGGAUGUCUCCGGGAAUAAACUUAAGGCCCUCCCUGCCACCAUUGCUGGCUGCAGGGCAUUGGUGGAGUUGGAUGCAAGCUACAACAACCUGACAAUUUUGCCGAAAAACAUAGGCUAUGGACUCUCAAAUCUUGAGAAGAUGAACGUCUCCCUCAACAAGCUAUGCAUCCUGCCAAUAUCCAUUUGCGAAAUCAAGUCCCUGAGAUACCUAGACGUGCAUUUCAACGAGCUCCACGGCCUACCGCCGGCGAUCGGCAUGCUCACGAAUCUCGAGUUCUUGAACGCCAGCAGCAACUUCAACGAUCUGAAACAACUCCCAGAAACAAUCUGCAAUGCCGCGAAUCUGAGAGACCUCGAUCUGAGCAACAACCAAAUCCGCGUUCUCCCGGACGGAUUUUACCGGCUGGAGAGUCUCUCCGGGCUGAAUUUGGAUCAGAAUCCGCUGGUGAUUCCGCCGCCUGAGAUAGCGAAGGAAGGGGCGGAGGCGGUGAAGGAGUUCAUGAGGAAGAGGAUGAUGGAGAUGGUGGCGGCGGCGGAGGAGAGAAUGGCGGCGGAAGAGAAUAAGGAAACGCAGACAGGGUGGUUGGCUUGGGGUUCGUCAAUGGUGAAUAAUUUGGUUUCCGAGGUUUCUCGGGGAUAUUCAGAUUACUUUGGCGGGAAUGCUCCCAGUCCUAGUCCUAGUCCCAAGGCGUGGGAUCCCUUUUUGGAUCAACCGCGAUGAGUUGUAUCACUAUAUGGAUUCCCAGAACGCCCUUUCGGGUAGCGGUUGUGAGUUUUGUCAUAAAUCAAACAAUGUCGAAUUCAUUCAUAUGUGUGUUUUGGCUCCUAUGUUGUAACGUAAACCUCGAAUUGGACUGUGUAUCCAUUAAUCCUGAAUUCCUGAUGUUGUUUCGUCAGGCAUAUCUAUAUGUUUUGUUACAUUUUA